CUUCUAAUUCAUUUUCUUCAUCUGUGUUUCUUUUAUUUUGUUUUCGUAUGAAUUUGUCCAUGAAUUGAUUUAUGUGUGUUUUUUUGAUUAAAAGAAAUCAAUGUUAAAAUAUUUCUGGAUUGAGUUAUAAUCCCUUAAAUACUGUUUUUCUUGAUUUCGUUUACUUUCUUCUCUAGUCGUAUGAUGAACUUGUUCAUGAAUUGAUGUAUUUUCAGAUGGUUCAUGAAUUGAUUUUUCUAAAUGUUUUUUUGAUAUUAUAAAAAACAAAACAGUUGGCUGUGUUCUGGAGUGUACACUGAAGCUGUUUUACAGUAAUGUACUAUUGUAUACGUUUAAACAAUUCGAUUUUUCAUAGGUUCUGUACUGGAUUUGUUGGUGAUAUUGUUUUUGCAAAAUUAAUUCUUCAUUUCAAUGUUUUGUUGAACAAAUGGCAAUUAAAAAUGAAUUUUUUCCUGCUAGUUUAUUUAUUUAUUUAUUUAUUUUUUGAUUUCUGAUAUAUGUAUCUCCCAUAGAUUUCUGUAUUGCAUAUUGAAUACCUUGUUGUAAUUGUAGAUAUUUCAAUCAGGUAUGCCCUCUUGGUUAUUUGUACUCUUGAAUAGCUGGUUCAGGCACGCCAUCAUCCAAAAGUUUUCACUUGUUUUAGAAAAGUGAUCUCUUGUAAUAGCAUCAAGUAUUCUCUUACCAUUGAUAUUACCUACCGUAGACUUGUAUGAUUGGCAUUAGGAUAUUUUUUGGUGCAGUUAUGCCACAAGCUGGUGUUGUGCCUGGCAUUGACGUUAAUAUGCGAUAGAUUAUUUUAUAAAAUUGAUCUUAAAAUGCCAUUUAAGACGACUUGUUUUAUGUUAUGAUGAUGAUGAUGAUCGUGUCAAACACCUGGUUACUUAAUUUCUGAUAUCAAUCAAAACGGGAUAGCUCAUCCGAAACGAUUAGUCCAAUAGGUAAGAGAGCUCAUUUGAUCUAUAAAUCCCUUAUCAGCUAUCAAUACAACCGAUGUAGGAAAAGUCUUAUACCUUGCAAUGACCUCAAAUCCAUUACAUUUUCUUUUAUAAAACAAUCAUACCUCUAACUCCAAAUUCAAAAUUGGUUUUAUCAUCAAGCCCAUACCUUGCAAUUCUUCAACUCCAUUAUAUUUCUUAACAGUCAUAAUUCUAACCCCAAAUUCAAAAAUGGUUUUGUCAUCAAGCCCAUACCUUGCAAUGCUUUUGUGGCGUGGUUUGUGUGGGACUGGGCCAAACACUCGGGUUUCAAUAGGUUCACCUUGUUUGUUGAGAAUCAUAACUGCGUUAUCAUCAAAUUUGACUUCACUUCCAUCACAACGACCUUGUUGCAUAGUAGCUCACGCAAUAACAGCUCACGUAGAGGUUCUCACAGAGGCUACAAUAAUAUCUCCUAACCUUGCACUUUUCUUCCCCUUAAGAGCUUGUAUACACAUUACCUUCUUAGCUCCAUAGUUAUCAACCACAUUGACCUUUUUUCUUCAUCUAUAUGAAGACUCCUUUGCUGCUGCAAUACCUAAAACCAUUUCAUGUCGCCACACAAAUAUCGUUUUUUGGAAGUUUCAUAGUGAAAAGCAUAUAAAGAUCCAAUUCUAUGACGACGAUUAAGAAUCAUUUAAGACAUGUGUGAAGCCACUUAGGAGAGCUAGCAGGGGUCCUGUGGCCCACCCUCGCGGUCCAUUUUAAUUUUUAAGUUUGCCACUUAGUACAAUUUGUGAUUAUAUACCACUAUUAGAGUGGUUCUAUGGUGAGGGAAGCGUUAAUAUUGUAUUGUAUGGGGUUAUAUUUUCAUGUGUUCUUGGCAGCUACUCCCUCUUAAACAGCACCAUUUGACUAAAAAAAUUCUCACAUAUUUAAGUCAAAUGGUAUAGAAGACACAUGAAGUACUUUUUAAUAAUAAUUUUUGCUUCAUAUAUUUCUGGCUAUUUAACUUUUAUUUUUUGAUUUGCCCCUAAUUUGAAAAAUUACAAAAGCAAAUCUGGUGAACUUUUAAAAGAAAUUGCAAAGAAAAAGGAAAAUAAAUUAAGAAGUAACAUACAUGAGCAUGGAGAUAGUUAUUUGUGAUCUCACGAUUUAGUUAAACAAGAGCCAUUACAAUUGGUAAGACCCCUUAGAAGAGAUUGGCCACCUUCAAAGUUCAAACAUGUUGUAAGAAGCAACAUAAGUCAACCUUAGGACAAAAACUAGGAAAAUUAUUACAUUUAUAUCAUGUAAAAUAAAACAUCUUAAUUACAUUCAACAUCUCUUAGUGUAAUCUUACCCUAAUGCUAUAAAAUGAUUUUCACGAAAGUACGGUUUGGAGGUCGAAUAUACACAACAUUAUCCUUGUUAAUAAAUAAUAAUUACAAAAAAAUGUUUUCGAUUGCUUUUCGACCACAAAUAUCAUCUAUAGCUACAAAUAAAUAAAAAGCGCAUAUAAUUUAAGUUCUCUUUCAAAUAUAACAACAAUGAAACAAGACAAAACAUAUGUUAAUACACGCUCUUUAACUUGUAAUAACAAAGCCAAUUAUGAGCAAAUACCUUAGAGACAACUUUGAUAUUAGAUUAGCCACCAUCUUGUGUUUGGAUUUCUUCACUGAUUCACUCUAUACAAAAUAGCCCAAAUGUGAAGAUAAGUACAAAGAUAUCUCAAGUAUUCUACAUACAUAUAUGAAUGUAGCUUAUGCAACAUCUUAUUAUCAUAUACCAUUAAGUAGCUCUUGCCAAAGCGGGGUCAGAUGUACGCACUAUUUAAUAUGUAAUAACAAAGAGGUUUUCUUUAACUGACAAUUAAUAGCAAACAUUAUAUACAACUUCAUAUAAAUAAGAGCACGUAGUUUGAGUAGUCAUUUUAGUAUCGUCCAUAUAUAUGUUACGAUGGAUCAAACCCUAGACAGUUCUUCAAAUUUAGAAUGGAAUACUUCCAUAUUAUAUAACUUAUAAAAAUGGUAUUUCAAAGAAGUAAAAUCUUAAAGGAUUAUUCAUCUUCUUCUUCCAAACUAUUGAAUUUUACAAAAAUUUCUACUAGCAAAUAAUUACGUAUAAGUUAAAAAACUAAAUUUUCUAGUGUAAAUUAAAAUUUUACUUAUGACACUAAAUUUAUUAAGGUAACUUCACAUAAUAAUUUCCUUAAAAAUCCAAAUAUUCCCUCCCCUUUUUCGAUUUCUUCCUCUUCCUUAACAAACACCCACACAAAAUAUCACUACAAUAACAUUGAUAGAAUGAUUACUUAAACAUCCAUUAAAAACCACUCAAAAACUGUAUUUACAGAUUGAAGAAAACCCCCACAAAUUGCUCUAAAACAAUAAUUGAAAAUUGAAAAAAAAAACAAAAGAAAAAAGAAUGAAGAGAGGAAAAGAUCAACUCAAAGAAUUCCAAAUUCUCGGUGAUGAAACACCGUUAAGUGAGUACCAGUCGAUAAAAGUACUAGUAUAAAACAAUGCCAAAAGAAGUAUAGCGUGCGUAAAAAACAAUGGGAAAAGGCCAACAUGGGUUUACUAUUUUACCCUUUUAGUAUAUCACUAUUUUUCUCCCAAUUAUUUUCCGUUUAUCCUUCUGUCUUCUGAAAUUAGGGCUAAAAUCAAGAAUAUGAAGGACUUUUGAAGCUGAAAUCACACAACCUUUGUAAAGAUUCAAUCUUGGAGAACAAUGGCAAAAAGAGUUCCAACGUGCUCGGAAAAGGAGGGUUUUAUCCUCUUGGAACAUUUGCAAUCUAUCUUAGAACACGAUCCUCAAAUUGAUGAGGUGGGGUUUAUUCAUUCAUCCCAGCUAAUGGUGCUCAAGGAGGGGGAAGAACCUUCUACUUUUACGUCUACGGGGCACAAAGAAGAUGCAAGACUAGACCUUGUUUCUUCCAAAGCUAAUGAAGUGGAAGGCAAAGAAGCUUUUUUCUGGAGCAAAGAGCACAAGUUGGGGAUUUCAACGGAAUAUCUUCUUCCAUUGUAUAAAGCAGCGAAAAACCGAUUCAUGGAUGCAUAUUCGAAUUAUAAAAACAUUUCAAGUUUCUCUUUGAAGAAUGAAAGUGCAGCUAGCAGCUGUGAGCUUUCUGGAAUUGAGAAUGAAGUCAUGAAGCACAGCAAGGCUCUCUUGUUACUGAGCAGUGACUUUGGGACGGCAUGGAAUGCGAGGAAACUAAUCAUAUCAAAGAGAGAAGAAUUUUCAAUUGCAGAUGAACUUCUUGUGUCUACUUUGGUUCUCUCAUUUGCGCCAAAAUCUGAAAGUGCUUGGAACUACAGGAGAUGGAUUAUCAACAAAAUUGCUGGUAAGUGUCCUCUGGAAGCUAUUCUGGAGAAAGAAUCUGAUCUUGUCGAGAAAAUAGCCGAGAAUUCUAAAAUGAACUAUCGUGCUUGGAAUCAUCGAUGUUGGCUGAUCGCUUAUAUGACAAGUGAACAGGCACUACGGGAGUUGAACGCCAACAGAAAUUGGGCUGCGUUGCAUGUUGCUGAUAAUAGCUGUUUUCAUUAUCGACAGAAGUUAAUGCUGCGUAUGCUGGACGAAGUGAGCCAUGGGAAUGUCGAGGUUACUCUCUUCACUCAGUUUGAACAUCUUCAACAACUAUGGAAGGACGAACUGGAUUGGAACGACGUGCUAAUUAGGCGUUAUAUUGGGCGAGAGGCCUUGUGGCUUCAUCGGCGGUUUUUAGCAGUAUGUUGGGCGAAACAUUUCGGAACCAAUAACAUUAUGUGGAAGCAUCUCAGCAACAAGGAUGGUGGGGGUAACAAUGUGUCUAUCUUCAUUGACAAUGAAGUUGGGCUUGUUCGAGAUUGCCUAACGCUUUCGGAUAGUAUAUUUGAGGAUAUUGAAUCACAGGCUAUUCAUUCUGCUGCUUACAUUUUGUGGCUGAACAGGGAAAUUUGCUCUCCUUCUACUAUCGAUCUCAAUCAAAAGCUCGGAAUUGGUGAUUUACGGACAUUCCUGAACAAAAUGUGCCCCGGAAAGGUUAGAGUUUGGGAUUGUUUGUUGGGGGAACAUACUUCGCGAGACGGAGCAUGUUAGAGUUCGGGGUGUUAACUUUGCGAACUACAUCCAACGUACACUCCUCCGUCCUUUUGAUAUUGCUUCGCAAAUCGCAACUUGUUUCUUGCGACUUGCGAGUGAUUUUAUAAAACAUCAGACAAUUCUGAAAGGACGGAAAGAGUAAUGGAUUGUUGAUUUUAUUUCCUUAAUAGCUAAUUACUCUUUUGAUUUAUUGUUAUAAAUAUCACAUUCAUGUACUUCAAACUAUUUGUUGAAGUACAAUUCAGAAUUAAUCUUUGUAAUUGGACAAAAAUAUCAGUUUUUUGUUAAUCACGGGAACAUAAUUGUGUAUUGUUGG